UUUUUUCUCUCCGCAGAGACCUGACGAGACGAAACAUUCUUAUAGAUGGCACUGGUCAUGUGAAAAUUGCUGACUACGGCCUGUCAGUAGCCAACGUAUUUGGAUCUAACAUGGUGCUUGGACAAGUUGGAGACACAGAAAUUGCAGCUCCAGAGAUACACUCCAGAAUGCCAUAUGAACUAGCCGCAGAUUACUUUGCAUUGGGGAUCUUACUAUUUAAAGCAGCCUUUGGUAAAGAACCUUUCACACACAAGGAGGGUCAACUUCAGCACCCCAUAUUAUUGCUCGAGCCAUGUUACCCAGACAAUGCUGACCCCAUCCUCGUCAGCUUUCUAAACAAGCUCCUGUGCAAAGAUCCGCAGGUGCGCAAAGAAGAAGUUGCCAAGAUUCGAGAGGAUCCAUUUUUCAAUGAAAUAAAUUGGAAGGAGGUGGAGGCAAGGGAAGCUCCCCCGCCAUUUUCUAUACGUCGAAAGGUAAGUAAAAGUUUUGCGCUGUAUGUUUGGUCCGCCAGCUUGUCACUGUACACACGGCUGUGACCGAUG